AUGGCCUCGACCGAGUCUCCUGCGAAAACCCCCAGACCAAAGAAGGGUACGCUGGCUACCAACGGGCGCGGUCGCGGCAGAGCCUUGGAUUGUGUCGAGAUUCCGAAACCUCCCAGGCGGAGCUCCCGCCCCCAAACAGUGCUCAAGAGUUCUCCCAACCGCGCCUCCCCUAAGAAAGCCACAGCGAAGGCUUCAGGCUCUUCUCCGGCGCAGUCCAGAAAGCCUUCGCUCAAGCGCAAAUUGUCCCCCGGUCCGGUACCCUAUGCAAAAAGGCAGACGGAGGGUGUCCACUUGCCCGGUGAGCCAGAGUUUCCGAGUACUACCAAUUCACAGCAACCCGACUCUGUCAGGCCCUCUCCUCCGAAAAAGCUUCGACUGUCUUCCCCGGUGUCCGACUUGACACCACUGACCUCCAGCUCCGGUUACGAGGUAGACCCGGACGAACUGGUGCCCACUAGCCAGUCCGACGAGCAAGAGCUUACUCUUCCUCGGAUCCCGGAGAGAGACCCCGCAUUUGUGCAGGAAAGUGUGGCCAAAUGGCGGCAGGAUACAAAUGCGAACCCACCAAGCCGAACGCAGUCACCCCCACCACUGGACCCCAUCUGCACGUCUUUCGAUGAUGUGCCAAUGGACGUAGAUGCAACGCCUGUCGAAGUACCCUUGGAGACCUCGAGUAUGCGCUCUAUGCCUUACCCACAGACCCCGCGCUCCUCCAGCGAUGGGUGCUCUCACCAGCAGCAUCUGGACGACGCACUCGCUACAGUGACGCGUACAGCAGCGUACGUUAAACCUAGUUCACCAGCGGCGACUCCUAGUCGCGUUGCGCCCAAUCCUAUGGCCUCUCCUUCGGAUGCGUUCAGUUCUCUGACUCCUCCACCCUCGAGCGACUCUAUCUCCGGCCCAGAGCCGGAAGAGGAGCCUCAAGUCAUUCAACCCCUCGAUGUGAAGAGCAAGACCGAUCAGCUCAUUGCGGACAUCAAGGCUCGUGCAUACGCUGCGGCGCACUCCAGUCCUGAGCAAUCGCCUCUGGCCCUUGACUCGCUUAGCGACUCCGAUUCGGAUUCGGAUUCGGACAGUAGCGACAUGCGCGGCGGGUUUGCUGCGAUGCUCACGAAGGACACGAAGGGGAAAGGGAAGGCGAAAGCGAAAGCAGCAGCGACCCCGUCGAAGUCUGAGUCUGCCUCGGCGCCUCGAUACAAUCUUCGCCGCGUUUCGCCAUCGAAUGCCCCCAAACGCUACGCCACUCCACUGACGCAGCAACGGAAGCCUAGUAAGGCCAACCCCCUCGACGGUCUACUCCGCGAGAAGGCUCGCGAAGAGCGCACGGGCAUGGGCAUGGCGGCCAUUCGUUCAGCGGAGGCGGCUUUCGCAAGGGUGAAAGAGGAUGCCAAGAAGGGCCUGAAGGAGGAAAUGGCCGAUGAGGAAGGCUCGGACAGCGACGACGAUUGGCGAGCGGGCAUUGGGCUUCUAGGGACAGCUACUCGGGGCGCGAAGAAGGCGAAGGCCACGCGAGCGAAGUCGAAAGGUGAGGACGACGAUGGCGACGAGAGCGAGGACGAGGCAUCGGCUGGGGCAAUCCUGGCAUCUAAGAGUGGGAAAGCUGUUGGCAAGAUUCUGGAGAGCGACAAGCUAGCUGAGAAGGCGCGCGCGUUGGCGAUGCUCAACGCAGAACCUGUCGGUGUCCCGCUCUGGAACGUGUCCACCGCAACAGCAGACGUAGACGACAGCAUGGACGCCGACUUCGUUAUGCCCACGUUCCCUGUGGAUGCCGGAGAUAACGCGAUGUUCCAAUUGCUUGGACAUGCUAGCCGUAGCAAGGAUGCUAUGCAGGUCUCUGCACUGUUGGCAUCUGGUUUCGUAACGUUACUUGCCCCCGAGCAAUGCAAGUCUGUAGUUCCAUGGCUAUUUGAACUCGUUUUCUCGGACGUUCCUGCGACCCUCAGCAGCCUCGCAUACACCCAGCUUAUGCGGCUAGCGCCUCUGCUGGAGGCGCAUCCAUCUGGUCUGUGCCCUUCCUUGGUGCACUCCGCCCUCGUUCGCUUGGGCGCGUCUCGGUCGACUCUCGAAACGUACGGCUGGAUCGUUCCCACAAGUCAGGCAGCCAAGUUUGCCUUCACAGACGAACAGCGUGGCGAGAUGGUCUUUCGUUUCGUCUCCCUGUUGGGAGCAUUCGCACACGCACCUGUGGGCGAAGGGCUUCGCGACUACUUCCUCGCAGCGCUACUCGUCGGCAUGGACCCUACAGCAACGGAUGACCUGUUGAUGGAAAUCCACAAGACCUGCGACGCUAUUGGCUGCGCCAUAGAUGCAGCCCAGGGUGACUCUUUCCAUGUGGAGGCUUCCCUGUGUACCAUGAUCGCCGGGUUCGGGAAGACCCUUUCUCCCCUCAAUCAAGCUCGCCUUAUAUCUCUCUUGCCUUGCGUCUCGCCUUGCACCACCCGCUUGGCGCGCAACGUGGGCCGUUCCCUCCUCAUGGAAGCUCCGGCCUCUCCGCGCGGCUACGAGAAGUUGCCAGACCUCUCGCCUGUGGUCCAAUUACUCUCGCCUGCUGUUGGCUCUGGAGCAUACUUCGAUGUUGCCGGCAAUGCGGACAAGGAGGGUUACCACGACGAGCUCACUUCUAGGGUGUCAUUGCUCAGCCGGGUCUUGUCCGACAUUCCCGAGUACACAUCUCUGGAAGUGCAGGCUGCCAAGGAGCAGGCUGCGAAAGAGAAGGCUCACAAGGACGCGGGUGCCCCUCCGGCGGGUGAAGCGGAGCAGGGAGAACAUCAGGAUGGAGAGAAGGAGAAAGAAGAACAAGCGUCGAUCAUCGAGCAGGUCCGGACGCAACUAGAGAUGUUGCACGGCAAGAUUGUGGAUACCCGUGCUGCGCACCUCGACCGUUCGCGCGCGAAGGCUGUCAUACAGCGACUGAACCUGCGCGUACACUACCAGCGCACCGCCGCUCUGAAGUCCGGCCCCAGGUCCGGCAAGCCUCGCACCAUCAAUUCCUUUUUUUCUGCUCCCUCCUAAAGUAUCUUGCUUCGGUCUACGCUACAUCGUAUAUUGCCUCCUCACUUCGUUCCCGCCAAGUUCCGCCAGCUCUUGGCUAAUCGAUCGUAGAACGGUCGUGUCCCGUCCCCGCUGGGGUGGAGAUUGUAGCCUACAUGAUAUCAUGUCCUUGAUUCGACAGUUAAUGUUCUAGUGUAGAUGCACCCAGAAUCUAGUGCCCGGUUCAG